AUGUUUGACAUCUUGCGCUCAGCUGUGACCACAGCCUUGACCGUCCUCAUCGUCCGCACUAAAGGGCAAGCCUGCGGUGUCAAUCCUGCGCCUGGAAACGGGAUUACGCCUGUAGCUGCUCCGGGAUAUCAUUUCUCUGUGGUGGCUAAUGGCCUCACGAAGCCUAGGUCUAUACAAUUUGACGAUGCUGGUAACUUGCUCGUAUUGCAGGUUGGUAAAGGUAUUGUGAGUCUUCAGCUGGAUGACGCUGGCGGCGCAUGUGUGUGGGCGCCAUCAAAGCAAACGAUCAUCUCCAAUACGGCUCUAAAUCACGGAAUGACCCUUUCGACAGACGGAAGAACAUUGUUCGCCUCCGACCCUACCGCAGCUUAUUCAUGGGCUUAUAAUUCUUUGACUGGCGCCGCUGAGUCUCAAAAUACCGUAGUAACUGGAAUGAAUACCGAUGACCACACCACCCGGACACUCCUGGUUUCCGAAAAACUCGAGAACAGGUUGUUGAUCAGCCGCGGAAGUACUUCGAAUAUAGACCCUUUAGCCUCCAACAUUAGCACUGGGCACAGUCAAAUCAAAGUAUUCGACCUUGGACAACUUCCCACGAAAGGCUACCAAUUUGACACAGAUGGACUCCGCCUCGGAUGGGGCCUUCGCAACUCGGUUGGAGUUGCCGAGCAUCCUGAGACCGGCGGGCUGUAUUCUGUUGAAAACUCCGCCGAUGACAUCAUGCGCGACGGCGUCGACGUGCACCAAAAUAACCCUGGUGAGGAGAUGAACUUCCACGGUACCUUACUUAGCAACACAGACAAGUCUCAGGGCAGCAACUACGGCUAUCCCGAGUGUUUUGCAGCCUGGGACCCAAGUGCACUUCCGGACAACACCCACCUGGUCGUUGGCAGUCAGUUUGCACUUAAUGCGACUUCUGAAAGCAUAUGCGCUCGGAGAACAGCCCCGAGGCUGACAUUCCAGGCACAUAUGGCUCCGCUGGACAUCAAGUUCAACAGCAGUGGAGAUCAGGCAUGGGUCACCUUCCACGGAAGCUGGGACCGAACCCAGCCAGUCGGCUACAAAGUAUCCCUUAUCAACUUCGCCAAUGGCGAGCCCGUUGCUCCUGCUAUGAGUACUACCUCGUACACAGAUAUUCUCACCAACGCGGAUAACUCCAAAUGCCCUAACGCCUGCUUUCGGCCUGUUGGCAUGGCUUUCGAUCGGCAAGGUCGCCUGUUUGUGAGCUCAGAUGAUUCCGGUGAAAUCUAUGUCCUGGUCGCCGAUGCGGUCGCGGGAAGCGAGAAUUCAUCUUCGAAAGCUCGGAAAGCAUUCAUUGAAGAAGUUGUCAACAGUCUAUCUUCUUCCAAACAUCAGUGA